GGUUCAAAUUACGUCACAUCCCACAACAUAAACGCUAGGUUGCUAGAAUGUGAUGCAGUCUGGUGUCAUGUCAAAACGUCCAUUUUCAUAUCUUCAUACCUAAAACUAUCAUUUUUAUACUCUGAAAAUGUCAGGCUUACCACCCGGAGACCCGCAGCUGGUCUCAAUGAUCGUGAACCAUUUGAAAACCCAGGGUCUGUUCGACCAGUUUAGGAGGGAAUGUCUGGCAGACGUUGAUACAAAGCCAGCAUAUCUGAACCUGAAACAGCGAGUUGACAACUUUGUCUCGAACCACCUCUCCAACCACACAUGGAGCCCCCAUUUGAACAAAAACCAGCUGAGGAACAACAUCAGGCAGCUUGUCCUGCAAUCUGGCAUGCUGGAGCAGGGGGUCGACAGGAUUGUGGCCCAGGUAGUGGACCCCAAAAUCAACCACAUCUUUAGACCCCAGGUGGAGAGGGUGGUCCGCGAGUUUCUGUCUCCGGGCAGCUUCUCCGACGAGCCAACGACCCCUUUGCCCCCAGCAGAUCUUAAGGUGGACACUGGCAUGCUUGAGCAGGCCUCAUCUUCAACUCCAGCCACCUCCACCACUAGUGAUGCUAUGUCGAUUCUGGACACCAUAAGUUCCCUCAACCAGGAGGCCAGCGUCAGGUCCAGCUCGGCUACGGAAAAAAGUCGGAAAAGCCUGGCUUCUGAUGACGGCGCUCUGCUGGUCGAAGAGGACGGCCAAGACGCCUGUGUGGAAGAUGGAGACGAUGACCAAGACAGAAAACUGCUGGAGGAGCCACAGGAAAUGAUGGAAGUCCAGACAUCAGACGUGAACGUAGAGGAGACGGGGGAGUUCAUGGAGCCUGGAAGAGAAGCGUUAACAGAGGAAGUGAAAGUAGAAGAGGAGGGGGGUGGAGUCCUGGAGCAGACAGAGGAGGAGAAAGACAAACCUACCAGUAAAACUAUCAACAAACCUUCAGAAGAGAAACCGGAUGAGGAGGUGUUAAAAUCUAAAAAUCAAGCCAAGCAAAAAGCCAAAGAAAGAAUAAAAGAAGAAUAUUCUCUGGAGGACUCUGACCUGGAAGGACUGAGCGACAUCACUGUGAGCUCUGUCCACACCAGUGACCUGUCAUCCUUUGAGGAGGAAAGUGAUGAGGAGGAGCAGCCGUCCGAGUCUUCUGAGGAGGGGGAACUUUCUUCCGAUGAUGAUGGCGAGAAAACGGAGAAGAAACACGCGAGUGAAGAGCAAGGAGAGGAGGACAAAGAGCGCAAACCUUGCCGUAAGGCCUACGUCCACAAGCCCUUCCUGUACUCCCGUUACUACAGCGACUCGGACGAUGAGGUCACCGUGGAGGAGCGGCGCAGAUCAGUGGCGAAAGACAAGGAAGAGAGGCUGUUGAAGAGGCAGCAGAACAGAGAGCGGCUGGAGGAGAAGCUGAAACAGAAGGCAGCACAGGCUGAACAACAAGAUCGCAAAAAACAAAAGAGCACAGACUCAGCUGGACUGGAGGGUCCCAAAGCCAAAGAGGCCCGUAAGGAAAGGAAGGUCCUCGAGAAGAAGAUGGCUCUCAACCGGAAGAGGAAGCUAGACUCCAGGAAAGAGGGAGAUGCUUCCAGCAAGAAGAAGGGAGAUGCAGGAGACGCAUCUAAGAGAGCGGAAAUUAAGCCGUCGAUAUCGAAGACCCCACAACCUAAAUUUGCAAGGAACCUGUCAGAAUCAGCGGCGUGUGACGAGAGGCACCGACGAAUGAGCGCCACCAUUUCUGAAGAGUCCGAUGACGCAAAGAAGCCGACGGAGAAAGCCGUCACACACGCUUUUAUCCUGGAAUUGGAACAAGGAUCCCAAGAGGCCCUAAAGCAGCGCUCAUUUGGGAAAUUCGACCGUCCGUCUCGCAAAGAGCUUCAUUUGAAGGAGCGCAAAGACAAGGAGCGCAGCCUGUCGGAUGACCGCGUCAAGCUCAAGCAGAAGCAGGAGAGGAAAUCUGAACAGCAGGUGGAGGAAUCUCAGCACAGGGAAGGCGCCGCUGCUAAAGGGUCGUCUGAAGAGAGAGCCGAAAAGAAACUCAAGACCAAAAGUGAGAAAAAACUGCCAGCAGCAAAUCCAAAAGAUGGGAAGGUGGCUGAAGGUGGGGUUGAGGACGGAGGCCUUAAAGAUGCCAAGAAGUCCAAAGGAUUUGUGGAGACUGUGAAAGUAGAGAAAGAGAAAGAAAAAAGAGAAAAAGAUAAGAACAAAGAAAAGGAAAAGGCCAAAGGAGAGAAAUCUUUGGUUAAAAGUGAGUUUAAGCAGCUACUUUGUCCAGAUUCUGCAGGCUCCUCUGAGGAUCGCUCGGACUUGGAGACGGGUCCAGACAGCACCAAAAAGAAAGACAAACACUCCAAGGAACUGUUGAAAAAGUCUAAGAGCCACACUGAACCCGGAGAAAGACCAAAACUGAAAACGGAGAGCGAGAAGGAAAAGGCUAAAAUGGAUCAAGACAGCCAGAGGCCACAAAAGCCGAGCUCCGAAGCUGAUCCCAAAAAGGUCAAGUCUGCAGAAAAAGGAAAGAUCCCAGAAAAAUCCAAGACUAAAUCUAAAGAGGAGACAAAGAUUCCAGUCACACCUAUAACAGACAAGAAAACUCCAAGUCUAGACGUCCGAAACGCUGGAGUUCCAUCUGUGAGCAAACUGGAAGCAAAAAAAGACAAGAAAAAAGACGGAAAUGCAAAAGAUCCGCUGAAAGUAUCAGUCGAGGCUCCAAACGAGAAGUCGGCCCUUAAGACUGGAAAGAAAAAGGCUCUGAAGAAGGAAAAUAUUCCAGAAAAGAAAGAUGAAGACAAAGUACAGCUCCCAGAGGGUAAAUCAGAGAGGUUGGACAAAUCCUCCAAGACUUUACUUUUCACUCUGGCUUCUGCAGCGGAAGACCCUCCAAAGAUCCAGCUUCUUCAUCAAGACAUGAGCGCAGAGUCUGCCACCUCUGCGGGUGUCGCACAGCUUUCUGAUGGCGGCUUAGAAGACGACACCCCUGAGCCGUCUGAAGACAACGCAGAGCCGCGGCUCGAGAGGCCACGGCUGCCGGCUGAGGCCGACGCCCUCCUGACGCUUAUGGAUGUCUGCGCCUCCGCAGAGGCCAGACUCCCAUCCCACAACCCGGAGGAGGAAGAGGCACCUGAGGCGGAGCUGCAGGAUGCCGACAUGAAGAUGAAGGAGGCCGCGCUGACACUGCUGUCCAUGGAUCCUGACAGCACGCUGUCCUCCAGCCUCGUCUGCCAGGGCGCCAAGAAGGAAGAGGAAGAAGAACCGGCGAGCCCGACAGUCCUGCAGUCACCGGAAACUUCUGUCGCUGAAGAGGAGCGGCUUCCCACGUCACAGGGGCAAGCAGCUCCGGAUACCGACCUGACCGUCCCCGAAACGUCCACUGCACCUCUGCAAACCGAGGAAAGCACAAACACUGCAGAUGAGUGUGAAGACUCUGAGAGACAAGCGGACGCAGCCGGGCACGAAACGUCCGACAUGGAUGUUGCACAGGAGUAUCCUUCUAUUCCAACGUCUUCAAGAGACAAACAGGCAGACGAUGCUGACAUUCCUGCAGAUUCACAGCCAGGUGAGAAGGAAGCAGGCGACGAGGAGAUUUCAGAUGUUGCUUCAGAGGAAGCAGAGGAGAUCAGAGCCAGCCCUGGACAAAAGAUGGAGGAUGUUGUGCCAAAAGACGUCGGGAAUGUUUGUGAGACUGGCAGUGAGUCCGAUGAUUUAGGGCCAGACGCUGCCGUCACAGAGGCAAAGCUCACGAGAAUGGAGGCAGAAUGUGAUCAGAUCCAGACAGAGAGGGAAGCAGUGAAUGCUCAGAGGGAAGAAGAGGAGGAUGAACAUGGAGCAGAGGAGAGUGACCAGCUGAUAGUGGAAGCCGAUUCUUCUGAAGGGAUGGACACUGUUGCGGCACCAGAACCGGAGUUCCCACAAGUCAAAGAAACCAAUGAAGUCAUCUCAGUCCUAAGGGAAAGAGAAAGCAGCUCUGAGCAGGCAGCAGAGGAAAAGCCAAGUGAACUAAAACCGUCUGGUCAAGAAGAGACACCAAGUGAAGAAUCUGUGGACAGACACGAUGAAAAGGAGACAGAAGACCCGAAAGCUGCUGAAGAAACUGAAGAAGAGAUGGGGGCGGAGGGACAAACUCCUCCCAGUGAAGGCAUCUCUGAAGCCGUACAGGAGGAGGAGAAUGACCAAUCAGAGGAAUUGGAGGAGCCAGAGGACUCUCAGAGCUCCUCAGGUGCUCCUGUCACCUCAUCGGCUGCAGAAAACCUGAUGAAAGGUGGAAGUAGAACGGAGGACAACCUCAAAGAGACGUCAUCUCUGCAAGCAGCAGAAGAUGAGAAAGCUGAAGACCAAAGUGAUCCAGAGAGGAGUGGAGCUGAGGUCGGGUCAUCGUCUUCUGGUUCUGAGGACCAUGAAGGAGCAGAAGAAGCAAAGUCCACAGAGAAAACCCAAACAUGUCAGUCAACAAGGAAGAGAAGAAUCUCCGAGGAAACCCAGGAAUCUGCAGAGAAAUCUCAGGCUGAGCAGGAGGUGAAGGAGCUCAGUGUUCAAGGAGAAGGAGACAACAACAGUGAUCAUCCUUCCUCUGUGAGCCGUUCAGAUGAUGUCAAACAGGAGAAGCCGGAUGAGGGUCAGGAGAAGCACCGAGACGACCAGGAGACACCGGCAAAACGGCGCAGAGGACGGCCGCCCAAAUCUGCACCUGUAGAAGAUUCUGAUCAAAAGGAAAAGAAAGCACCUGAGAAAGAAGGCGAACAUGUUGAUGAAGAAGAGGAGGAGGACAGUGAGAAAGAGGACGAGGAGAAAGGAAGUUCAACCAGGGCUACGACUCGUUUAGCGUCUCGCUUGGAGGCGGAGAGAAACAAGCCGAGUAAACCGUCAACGCGGGCGAGUCGGCAGGGCGGCAAAGAGGAGGCGGCGCCGGCGGCCAGCACGCGGGGGACGAGGGGCCCGGCAGCAGUGAGGGGGGGCCGUAAGCGGGAGGCCAGCCCUCCUGCUGUGCGAACGCGGGGAGGACAGAAAUCAGAGGAGCCCGCUUCCAAGAGAGCCAAGCGCUGAGACCUCUGGGAGCUGUGGAACGUUUAACUGGUGCGAUGUUGUUUUUACGCCCCACAUUUAAAGAUGUACAGUUAAGCUGUUUGUGCUCCGCUGACUGUUGAUGUUCUGGAUAGCAUUAGACGCUCUUCCCUGACGCUUGAGUGCUAACCUGAGGAUCUAUGUAAGAACCCCCUCAGAAAACACGCCGCCGCUCUGCACCCAUAUGGUUUGCAUCAGACUCCAUCCAUUCCGUGGUUUGCUGGCCGAUGCCAAGCGAACCGGAGCCGCUCAGGCCUAUCAAAGGCCUAAUGUGCAGCCCGGCCGAGCUCCCAGAUGAAGAGCGGGAGCUGGAAUCCUGUCGGAAGGAGAAGCCAGACGUGCACAGCUGUCAGAGGUGUCCCUUCUGUCGAUGCGUCAUGUUCAUUCUGUGAAUGAAACUGCAUGUCCACUGUAAUAACAGCAGGAUGAUUCAGGGACGAGAUCCGCCCCACAGAGCGCUCACGUUUUGGGACUUCACUCGGCAUUCCGUUCCUCACUCCAGCUCUGAAUUUUUCUCUAUAUGAACACUUUUGCUACAUGCUUUUAGUUUCCAAAUGGUCAUUUCAUGUUUUUCCAUUAGAAUUGUAUUAAAAUUUUCAUUUUUCAUCUUUG